AUGCCGGAGUUUGAAAAUUUUGAAGAUGAUCAUAAUGAUCGCUCAUCCAGAUUAACAAAUGAUGACUUCAGACGUCUUUUAAUGACUCCGAGAUCUAGUGUUCCCGCUUCAACUCCUUUAAAUAUUUCUGCGAAUUCGAGCAGAGAUAGAGAUGGACCUAAAAACACAAUUAACAUGGCCUCUUCUACAUCGGAAUCUGAAGAUAAGGCUGAAAGAAGAAGGAAGAAGAAAAGCUUUUAUGCAAAGUUGAAAAAGCAAGAAGAAGAUAAAAUGGCUGAACUUGCUGAAAAAUACAGAGAUAGGGCGAAGGAAAGACGUGAAGGAGCUAACCCUGAUUAUCAAGUUGAAGACCCUCUCACUGGAGCCAGUGGAUACCGAGCUGUGGCUCCUGAUAUCAAAUCAGGUUUAGAUGCUGCUGAAAGGAGAAGACAAAUGAUUCAAGAGUCAAAAUUUUUGGGAGGAGACAUGGAACACACUCAUUUAGUAAAAGGAUUGGAUUAUGCGUUGCUUCAAAAGGUACGUAGCGAAAUUCAACUACGUGAAACCGAAGGAGAAGAAGAAGCAGAAAAAAUGAUAAACAAUGCGGCCUUAAAAAAAGAAAAAAAGAAAACCAAAGAUGAUACUGAAGAUUUGCAAUUUAAAACCGUUUUAGCAAAAAACGUACACAGAUUUGCGAUUAGAUCUAAAACAAUCGAGAAAAAUGAAUUGUUCGCGCCUGGCAGAAUGGCAUAUUGCAUCGAUCUUGAAGAUGAAUUGGCCGAUAGUGAUAUUCCAACAACUUUAAUUCGAAGUAAAGCGGAUGUUCCACAACUGGAACAAUCAGCCAUACUCACCACGAAUGAUAUCGUUAUAAAUAAGUUAGCUCAAAUUUUAUCUUAUUUGAGACAAGGAUCCAGACAUGGAAAGAAAGGAAAAAGAAAGGAUAAAGGGAAAGAAAGAGGAAAAGUUACUGAUGAAAGUAUUUACGGUGACAUCGGUGAUUAUGUUCCCAGCAUGGUUAAAGACAAGACAAAAUCUUUAGAGAAAAAAAGAGGAAAUUAUUUUGAAAAGCCGGAAGAUGAUAAUAAAAAAGCUUGGGAUUAUGUUCGUCCAAAAUCGGAUAAUUCCGUUUCGAACAAGAAGGAAAAAUCGCGGGAUGGAGGAUCAGAAGGUAUACAUAAAACGGCCGCUCAAUUAUUAACAAAAUUAGCUGCAGAACCUGAAGGCUAUGCUGAAUGUUAUCCCGGAUUAGAUGAAAUGCAAGAUGCCAUUGAAGAUUCCGACGACGAAGUUGAUUACACAAAAAUGGACUUGGGAAAAAAAAAGGGUCCCAUCGGUAGAUGGGAUUUCGAUACCCAGGAAGAAUAUAGCCAAUAUAUGAAUAAUAAAGAAGCAUUGCCCAAAGCUGCUUUUCAAUAUGGUGUUAAAAUGGCAGACGGAAGAAGAACAAGAACUAAAACUAAAGAAAAAAAUGAAAAGCAGCAAUUAGAUCGAGAAUGGAAUAAGAUUCAAAACAUAAUUCAAAAACGAAAAGUUCCGGCUAACAAAGAUGAAGUUUCAGAAUUUAAAAUUCCUCGGUAUUAA